GCCUCUGGAUCUCCUGCAGUCAGAGUAUAAAAGCUGAGACCGUCCCACAGCUGAGACAGACAGAAACACAAGCAACACAGAAGAGACUCCCAACAAGACGACUCCACACUGAACUGUGAACAUGCUGUGCUCUCAUGGACUCCACUCUGCCCUCAGUCCAUCCAUCAGCUUCUACUGGCCUGUACGCAGCAUGUGGCCUGAGGUCMAACCUCUGCUCCACCAGCAGGAUCUCCUGCAGAGGAACCUCCAGCAGCUGUGCAGCAGUCUGCAGCUGAUGGACACACUUCCACACCACCUCCUGGAGGAGAAGGAGCGUCUCCAAACCAGCGAGGCCGAGCAGCCCGUCUCCUUCCAGCUGCAGAAAGAGGGACAGCACUUUGGCCUGACCCUGGACACUCGAGGCUUCUCCCCAGAGGAGCUGUCUGUCAGGCAGGUGGGCAAGAAGCUGAGAGUCAGCGGGAGGACGGAGAAGAAGCAGGAGGAYGGGAAAGGCUCCUACUCCUACAGGCUCCAGGAGUUCAGACAGGAGUUUGAUCUGCCUGAAGGGCUGAAGCCUGAAGCCGUCACCUGCUGCCUGGCUCCAGACGGGAAGCUGCACAUCCAGGCAGCCAGAGCUCCCUGUGCUGAGGAGGUCGAGAGAGAGCUGACGAUCGAGAGGAGCACGGAGGAGACAACCCAGCAGAGUGUGUGUUCACACACAGAAGAAAGCAGCACGGAGACAGACGACAGCACACAGGACAAAGCUCCACACACAGACUGAUCUCAGUGCUGCUGUGAACAUGUGCUGGAACAUGUUCUGUAAAAGAGAUGAAUGAUGAUUCUGAUUAUUAAAGUGUCAUCAACAAAUACAUUGAAACUAUAGAAAGUAUUUUAUAUGGAUGAACAAUGAUCAUGUUUUUGUUUGGAUGUAUGAAUAAUCAUAUUAAAUGAAAUGAUUCUGUUUUUCAAAUGAAUUUUUUAAUCAAUAAAUUCACCAAAAAUCCAA